CUCGCGCGUGGCGGAGUGGGCGGAGCGGAGGUGGGUGUGUAAGACAGCUGAUACAGUUUCUAUCAUCCGAUUUCAGCUACAGGCAAUAUCGCAGAGAAGCGUCUGAAGCGAUCCAGUGGGGGCUGAGGGCAAAAAACCGAGCUGAUUUUCAUAAUCGCACGCGGACUGACUGUGCACCUGCUGAUAUGUGUGUGUCCGUUGUCUGGCCCAGACCCCCUCCCUGCCAUGGAGUGUGUGGAUUGCAGGCAUCGGCCUGAGGGGGCGGGGUUUACUGCCAUGGGGAGCGUGGGUAGUGGGGUGUCUAGCCAGCAAGAGUUUGCCCUAAGGAGUGUGGGGACGCGAACCCAGAGCAGCCCCCCACAGGGCCCGUGUCACGCCCAGCAGGCCCCGGGAGGGCGUGGCUGCAGUGCAGAGAGACCCCAAGCCCUAGCUGCUCCUGACAGCACUGAACGCACAUCUACAAACACCUGCGAGAGUCACACACCACACAGUGACCGCUGGGCCUCCAAAGACGACCACGCUGUCUCCAGCAGCGACUGUACCGUCUCCAGUGGCAGUCAGCUGGUGACCAACAGCGUGUUUAUGAAUGGGGCGGGGCGCAGAGGAGGCCUGGACAUCUGUGGAAAUAGUGUGGUGCUGAAGAAGAAGAAGAAUGUUAGCCAGCAGGGGGCGCACUGCCGAGAGAGAAGGAGCAAGCCGGAAAACAACAACAACGUCCCGAGGAUGAAACCUGUAUCUAGCAAACAAGAGCAGAGUACUGAUGGUCUAGUCCGGCCCUCUGCCUUUAAACCCGUGGUACCCAGAAGCUUCCACUCCAUGCAGAAUCUGUUAUCUGCCCCACCUGCAGGAGGUGCAGGAGGGGGGCGUGGUGAGGUUUCAGGUGGGGCCCCCUGUGUACCGGGGAGGCAGAGGGAGCAGGAGAGCCCUAGUGGUGGGGCUGAGAACAGCACUGGUCAAAGUGGGCUGUCGGACUCGGGCAGGAACUCGCUGACCAGCCUGCCUACCUAUGCCGGCUCGGCUUCCAGCUGCGGUCCAGCCCACACACUAGGGCCUCUCAGUGCCUCCACCAGCCACAUCAACAAGCUAGGCACAGCCGCCCAGAAUGGCCUCAGUGCGUCUGACAGUGGGCGCUCCUCCUCCUCCUGCUGCCAGCGCCUCAGUCGCCCUGGUGACAGGCCACUCCCCCUGCAGACAUCCCCGCCCUGUGACGACAUCAUCCAGGACCUGGAGGACCGCCUGUGGGAACGAGAGCAGGAGGUACUCCAUAUGCGGCGAAACUUGGACCAGAGUGAGGUGGCGAUUGCGCAGGUGUUUGAGGAGAAGCAGCGCGUUUGGGAGCGUGAGAUGGACGAGCUGAGGCAGAAUUAUGCGGGGCGGCUGCAGCAGGUAUCACGCAAAGCUCUGCGCUCCCAGCAUGCCUUGCAAGCACAGGUCGCCCGUUUGCAGCAGGACAAGCGGCGGCUUCAGGAUGAGAUCACCGCACUGCUUACCCACCGGGAGGAGCUGGAGAGGAGGUGCCUGGAUUACAGAAAACAGCAAGCAGAUAUACUCCCUCGGCUGGAAGAGACCAAGUGGGAGGUAUGUCAGAAGGUUGGGGAGAUCUCCCUGCUGAAACAGCAACUGCGUGAGAGCCAGGGGGAGGUGACGCAGCGCGCGGGAGAGACGGUGGCCCUACGAGCCCAGCUGAAGGAGCUAAGUGCUCAGCUGAAGGAGAGAGAGGAGACGGCACUGAGCCUGAAGGGCUCGUAUAGCAGUAAGAGCCUGCAGCUGGAGCACUGUGAGGGGGAGCUGCAGAGGACCCUCAGGGAGGUAUCUCAGCUGAGGGACAAGCUGGGUACCUUUGAGGCAGAGGUUGAGAGUUUGAAAAGAGCCCUUGGCAAAGUGAACAGAGGGGUGGGGAGGGCCUGGGGGGGGCUACCUUUGACCCCGAGCCCCACAGAGGCAGCCCCUCCUCCACCUUCUUCAGGGGGUGACACCCUCCUGAGUCUGCAGAGUGACGAGGCCAAGGCCCAGCGGCAGUUGGAGGAGGCCGGGGAUCUGCAACGGGAGCUGGAGCGCCUGCAGGGGGCGCUGCGUUUAGAGCGACAGCAGCGAGAGCAGCAGGCCCUCAGCUUUGCUCAGGAGCGCCACAGCUGGCUGGAUGAGAAACAGCGAGUGCUACAGUACCAAGCACAGUUGCAGCUCAGCUAUGUGGAGCUGCUGCAGAGGAACCAGGUGCUGGAACGUCAAGUGAGCCAGCUCGGGACGGAAGGAACCUCACCCCCACCCAUUUCUCCAUCCUUACCUGAGCCACCCACUGACCUCCACAGCCCACCUUCCACCAGUGACACGAAGUCCACUGCCCUGCACCAGCUGACCCCCGCUUGGCCGGCUGCUUCUCGCCUGGAGAGGAUUGAGUCCACAGAGAUCUAGGCCUUUAGCCACCCAGUACGAUAGUGUUUCCACCAUAUCUCCCUCCAAACAAAAAGGAUACAGAACCAGUAAGGGUCUAUAGGAGCAAUAACCAUUAUAACCACACCAAAUCCACAGGAGAACCAAAAUCAAUAUCAGCUUGUUCAGUGUGGGUUUGGGUUAAUAUUACUUGGUUUUUGCUUGUAUCUACUUCAGAAGUUCUUUCCUGACUGGACAUAUCCAGUCAGUGUUUGUGGAAUUCUGAGUAUUUUAAAGCCAGACGCCAAUGUUAAUAAUUUUAACAGCAUAUUAGGACCAUUAGACUGGCAUAUGACUGAACAGCAUUUACCAAAAUCUCCAUGCAAAUCUAGACCUAGCUUUGGAUACAUGCAGACAGAUAACCUUAAUAAACCUUGACGCUUAAAUAUCACGAACAUCUCACCAUAAGCCGUGUACAAUCUCACUGAUAAUCACAUCUGUUUAAUUCCUCCACUCGCCUUCACUGAUUUAGUUUGUGUCUUUGACUUGGAUACAGAUACUCCUUCACUUGAACAUCUCUCAUAGUCAUAUAGCAGGUCAAACUGUAUGUGAAGCAACCAAAAUUCCAGAGAAGGAAAAAGUUACACCAAGCUGACCCAGAUAUUGUAUGCUCUGUAAUCACUACUCUAUGAGAGGGUCUUUGUUAGUAUGAAAAUAGUGACAGGUUUGACAGUCUAAAGUGAAUUAGGAUUGCAUCAUAAUCUUAGACACGAUGAAAGCGAUGCCUGGGAAUAUUAUGAUAUGACCAGUAGAGUUUAUGGAGGCACUGCGAUAGAGCUUUAGUGGGUAAAGGCUAAACAUGGAAAGCAUCUGGGAUGCUGUGGGACCCAAAUUCAUCAGAACUGUCAAUUAAAAACUCCCAACAGGCAGAAAUCUUAAUGGUUGCUUAAAUGAUUAAACAAACCAAGGGAUACUAGAGAAGAUCACAUCUGAAUGUUGUUCCAAAAUAUAAACUUCCAACUGUGCGAUUCAGCAACAUGUAAAAGAAUAGUACAGUAGUGUGUCUUGAAAGCAAGAUUGUGAGUGGAUACUAUGCAUUUGAAUGGGAGGCGGUGCACGUGAAGUGAAGGCGAGGACUGUGGGUGACUGGUGGGGCACAGCACAGGGCUAAGAGGAUGAGAAGAGAUACAAGCAACGAAUAUGGAGGGAUACUUCAAAAGAACUGAAAGACAACAGCUCAGGAUGACUGAUAAACUGAACGUGACUGAUGACAGUAAAUGGUCAUAAAUUCUUAAUAACGUACAUGAACAUUGGAAUGAUGAGUGUGAAGUACAUCACUUCAAAUGAAGGUUUUGUGUUCUCAAUUAUUAAAAAUAGAACAAGAGACUGAAAGAGAGAAAUAGCCACAGGAUGAGAUACAGAUUACUGAUUCUGUCCCUUUCUAAGUAAUAUGGGUCAGACGUGCUGCUAUGUUCAUCUGUUGUGUCCUGUUGUGUUUUUGGUACAAAACUCAAAGGCAGUAUAUUUGGUUGUAAAUACCAUUGUUAUUAAUGAGUACAUGUUUAUUCCAGUAAUGCUACUGUGUGUGAAUAAUUUAAUACCAGUAUUGUGAAAGGACACACUUUAAUUUUUAUUUUUUUAAUUUUAUUAAUAUAUAGAACUUUCACUUCUACUAAUGAACCAAACAUUCAAAACAUGUCUUUUUUUAACAUUAACGUAAUACAUGUAACUCUCGUAGUGUUUGAGAGAAUAAAAUGCUACUACACUUGUAAAAGCUGAUGACCACCAUAAACUCCCUCAGAAGCCCUGGCAACCACAAGUGAACACACACACACACAGCUCUGCUAUGCCUGUUUCUGCGGGGGCUCUCCAUUAAUUUCUAUGGGCGUAACCCUAAUCCCAACGACAGCCGUAAUCAUUACCCAGCCCUAACCUUAAAAUGAACUAAAAGUAACCAAACUAAACUAAAUUCUCCCUUGUGGGGACUGAAGAAAUGUCUCCACAAUGUAGUAUAUACAAACACACACACACCCAGUCCCCCCAAAGAAACCUUGCAAAUCACGCACUAAUUCAGUGAUAAACCCUUGUCACUACCAGUCAACAUAGCUUCUUUACAAUAACAUAACAAAUGCAGUAUUUUUAAUAAUUGAUAAUUGUGAUGAUCAAUGUAUUUCUAAUUUCCUACCAAAAAAGUUAGCGCAUCUAAAUGAUUUAUUUCAAAGUCAUUUAGUUUUCUCAACUAUAAAACUGCUUUAAAUAUUCUCAUAAUCUGACGUUUGGUCACACCAUUAAUGUAUUAAUGUGAGAAGGUGCAUGAAUUCAGUAAUAAACUGAAUAUACAUGUAACUUUUACUUGAAAGUUAACAGGACAGAUAUUGUGAAAAGCUUAUCAAUUAUCAUCAUAAAUCAACCCUCAAAAAAAGAAGGAAAGAAAUUCUUUUAAUCAUGGAUCUAAUCGAUGCUGGACUGGGAUUAAAAAUUGCCCACGGCAUUUUUUAGGGGGGGGCAUGUACGGGACUAUUUUUCGUAGGGUAAGACAGUCUUCUCUAAAUGUAAAUAAACGAAGAUAAAGUCCGUUUAAAUCUUACAAGUUAUCCGUUUACGCAAGAAAUAUUAGCUGCUUCGCGAUACAGGCCCCUGACUUAGAUAACGCGUAUGUAUUAUGUUAGCUUUCUUCAAGUUAAAUUUAGAAUAAAACAGCAGACUGUAAACCAUUAUCAUGAGAAAAUUAUAAGUUAGUAAGGGCAUUUCAUUAUAUAGUUAUUUCUUGAACUAGCAAGCUGAUCUUACAAACACUUGAAACAGGUGCCGCUUUUGCGUGUUUGCGUACAUUUUAACGUGUGAACUAUCGGUUCAGCCCGUAUAAUAAAGUGACUUCAACCUCU